UUCCGCACAAAGCAAUUUAUGUUCCACCGUCCUCGUGCCCCCGAGCCGGAAGCCCCCUUUGCAGCCUCCCGUUUCCCACAAUGCUCUGCGGGCAUCACCACCAAGAUGGCCGACGUCAUGGAGGAGUAUGAGAAAGAGGCUGGUUGCGUCCCUAUUCUGCAUCCAGAGGAAAUCAAGCCUCAGAGCCACUUCAACCAUGGCUACAGCGAGAACGUCAGCCGCAAGAACCACGUGGACGACUACAGCACAUGGGACAUCGUUAAAGCCACGCAGUACGGAAUCUUCGAGCGAUGCAGGGAUCUGGUGGAGGCCGGUUUCGACGUCCGGCAGCCGGACAAAGAAAACGUGACGCUCCUCCACUGGGCCGCCAUCAACAACAGGGUAGACUUAGUCAAGUACUAUAUAUCAAAGGGGGCCAUAGUGGACCAGCUUGGCGGAGACCUCAACUCCACACCGCUGCACUGGGCCACCAGACAAGGCCACCUAUCCAUGGUGGUGCAGCUAAUGAAAUACGGCGCUGACCCGUCCUUGAUUGACGGCGAGGGAUGCAGCUGCGUCCACCUGGCCGCCCAGUUCGGCCACACCUCGAUCGUCGCCUACCUAAUCGCCAAGGGGCAGGAUGUGGACAUGAUGGACCAGAACGGCAUGACUCCCCUCAUGUGGGCGGCGUACAGGACGCACAGUGUGGACCCCACCCGACUGCUGCUCACUUUCAACGUGUCUGUCAACCUGGGCGACAAGUACCACAAGAACACGGCGCUGCACUGGGCCGUGCUGGCCGGCAACACCACCGUCAUCAGCCUGCUGCUGGACGCCAACGCCAACGUCGACGCGCAAAACAUCAAGGGUGAAACGCCGCUGGAUCUCGCCAAGCAAAGGAAGAACGUGUGGAUGAUCAACCACUUACAGGAAGCGCGGCAAGCGAAGGGUUACGACAGCCCGUCCUAUUUGAAGAGACUCAAGACGGACAAGGAGGUAAGACAAAAGGUGAUGUUGGGAACGCCCUUCCUGGUCAUCUGGCUGGUGGGCUUCAUCGCCGACCUCGACGUCGACUCCUGGCUCAUGAAGGGCCUCAUGUACGUGGGCGUCUGGGUGGCCGUGCAGUUCCUCUCCAAGGCUUUCUUCGACCACUCCAUGCACAGCGCUCUCCCCCUGGGAAUCUACCUGGCCACCAAGUUUUGGAUGUACACCACUUGGUUCUAUUGGUUCUGGAAUGAUCUCCCAUUCGCCACGGUCCACUUGCCGUUCCUCCUAAACACGCUGGCUCUGUUCUACAAUUUUGGCAAAUCGUGGAAAUCGGACCCGGGGAUCAUCAAGGCCUCGGAGGAACAGAAGAAAAAGACUAUUGUGGAGCUGGCAGAGACAGGCAGCCUGGAUCUCAGCAUCUUCUGCAGCACUUGCUUGAUACGGAAGCCCAUCAGGUCCAAGCACUGCGCCGUGUGCAACCGCUGCAUCGCCAAGUUCGACCACCACUGCCCCUGGGUGGGCAACUGUGUGGGAAGUGGGAACCACCGCUACUUCAUGGGUUACCUGUUCUUCCUGCUGUGCAUGAUCUGCUGGAUGAUAUACGGCUGCAUCUCCUACUGGAGGAUCCACUGCGCCACCACUUACGCCAAGGACGGCUUCUGGCUCUACCUGACCCAGAUCGCCGCGUGCUCGCCGUGGAUGUUCUGGAUGUUCCUCAACAGCAUCUUCCACUUCUAUCGAAAGCCCCUUCAACCACGGUUGCAUCCGAAACCUCAUCGACUUCUUCGAGGUGCGCUGCUGCGGCCUGAUCCGGCCCGUGGCCGUGGACUGGACCACGCAGUACACAAUAGACUACGACCAGACGUCAGGCUCCGGCUACCAGCUCGUGUGAAGAAAGAAGAAGAAGGAAGGGGGAAGGGGGAAGGGGGAGGGGGGUGGGGUCCUCGCUCUUCGGACCCGUCACGUAAAAAAACAUUGGACAGGAAUAGCAUGCUGGUAGGGGGCAGCCCCCGCCCGCCCCCCUCCUUGUCACCACUAUUAGAGGGAGAUGGACAACAAAAAGGUCACAAAAUCAAAGCACCUCGGUUACUAGUAGAGAUGCAGUUGCCAUAUCCCCUCUUCACUUUGGUCUUUUAUUUACAGAUAAGGGAAUGUCUUUUAUCAUGAGUUCUGCGCGGGCAAAUAUCGUAACUACAAAAAAAAAAAAAAAAAAUCAAAUGUGACACAGGUAUAUUUAUUUUAAAAAUAUUUAUCAACGAAAUGCUCCAUCAUUUCUUGACAUUUUUUUUUUAUUUUUUUUUUUUAGCGGAGUAGGCUUUUUAUAUUUAGAGUAUACCUGUAGCUGUCGUGCGGGACGGACGGUGUAUUUAUUAUGAAUAGGACAAGAAGGUUCAUUCCACGUUUGUAUCGAAAAGCUGUAAAGUCUUAUGUAUGUAUGUAUGGUUUUUUUUUUGUUGUUUUUGUCUGCCUCCAAAAUUGCACUGAUUUAUUUUGUCUCAGCCGUUACUGAACAAAAGGGCCCGGCAGCGCCUUUUUUUUUUUUCUCCUCGUUUACUUUUCCCGGACGUGAGGCGACGAGUGUCGAGAAAGUGUACAUAACAUAAUCUGGAACUCCCAGUCCCCCCUCCCCCCUUUGUUUUUUUUUUUUUUUUUUAAUUCAGUUUGAGGGGGAUGAAAUGACGAGGACAUAAGGAAGUGAUUGUAGCUUUUAGUGACGUCCAACACUGGUGUCCCACACUUGCAUGUAUGAUGCCCCCCCCCCUCCAUUGGCCAACUGUAUAUACUCAAUGUUACAUAUUGGCAAGUGCAUUCUGUUCCGUUUGUUUCAAUAACCCUCAAAUCCAGUGUCUAGUGAACCCCUUAACUGUGUAUUAUAUACCAUGCUUGUGGACUGUUCUCAUCCAUUUUUUUUGUUUGUUUUGUAUUAUUUUUAAAUGUCAUAUAUGGCCGGGUUUGUUAUACCACUGGAUGUACAAAUUGUAAAGCAAAGACACUAGAUGACUUUUUUUUUUUUUUUUUCUAAAAGCAGAGACGUGAUCACGCGUGACGUUUUUUUCAAAGGGCCUGGUAUUUUUUUUCGCCCGUCGACUCAAAACAAGCAACCCCCCCCCCACCCACCCCCCGGUUACUCCAACAACAAC